AUGCAGAGCGUGCCGGAAGACCAGGACCUCGACUACGAGUACGGCACGGAUCUUCGUCCAGGCACGCCGCGACGCGAGGUCCCAAUCUUGGACUUGAACGACCUGCACUCGGCCGAUCCGGAGACCCAAGCGGCUGCCCUCGCCGAGCUGGACCGAGGCUUCCGCAGGUUUGGCGUUGUGUAUGUCAAGAACUCAGGCUUGACGAGCGAAGAUCUGGAGGACUUCUACCGAGUCUUUUUGGCCUUCACGGACCUCCCGCGAGAAGUCAAGGAGAAGGUCUCCGGCAGCGACGUCUGGUUCCAGCGCGGCUGGAUGCCGCCAUCGACGGAGAGGAGUGGUGGCACAGCAAAGCACAUGGAGGCCUACUUUGCAGCCACGAGCGAUGCGGACCCCCGCACGCAAGCCAUGUUCCCGCAGAUCCAGGCGCCGAACCGCUGGCCCGACGGCUGGCCGCGGUCGGACGAGCUGCGUGAGAAGCAGCUCGCGAUCAGCCGGGCACUACAGCGGGUCGCCGUUAUGUUGCUGAGAGGGGUCGCCUUGAGGCUGGGCUUGCCGCCCUUUGCAUUGGAGACGCUCGCCUACGGCGGGCCACACGUGACGCAAUCGACUCGUCACCUGCCCAUUCCCGCGCCCAGCGGCGAGGAGCAAGCGGUGUGGUGCGAGGAGCACACCGACUACAACAUGCUCUCAAUCAUCCCCGGCGCUCGCUUCUUCCAACCGGGUGAGAUCAAGGAGUUUUGUCCCCCACCGCUGGAUGGAGGAAUCCUGCCUCCUGCGGGUCUCUACCACCGCGGGCGCCCAAGCCAAAGGCACCCAGAGGGCGAGAUGCUGCGUGGCAAGCCGCCAGAGGGCUGCAUCUCUGCACAGGUUGGUCAGAGCCUCGAGGUGUUGACGGGCGGCCGCUACCUGGCGACGCCCUUCAUGAUAAAGGCGAUCACUGGGUACGAGCGCUGCUCCGUGCAGCACUUUUGCCACGUAAGAUUAACGGAAACGCUCUUUCCGCUGCCCGAGCUCGCCGACGAUGCUGCCGUCCGAACCUACUCACCCCCCGUUCUCGCUGGGACCUACAGCACGAUGAACUUGGUCGAUAUUGGGCUGGCACCCAGCACAGCACUCGGCCUUGAGGGGCGGAGCGACAACCGAGCUCACUCGACAAAGAACGCUCAUGCCGUGCCCGAGAAAUGGAGCGAGACUCCAUGUCCAGAGAUCGCAGAAAUUGAGGUGCAGCGACGUGGCACCACGGGCACAGUACCCCAGCUCCGCGCCACUGCCAAGGCGUCGAGUGCCGCCGCCGCUGCUCGUUGA